GUAAAGUUUUAGACAAAGGGCAGGUUUUAGCUACAGCUACUUUAAGGGAUGGUAUUUAUCAACUCGAUGCCAUCGAAACUCUUUCUGCUGUGUGUAGCGAGCCAUCUUCGCAGGCUAUGUCUUUGUCUUUGGGUACAGGUGACAGCGUAGCGGUGCCUACUGCUGCCGUGAGCGUGAAGCAAGCGCCACAGAUCCCUGCUACUGGAAGCCAGUCAACACAACAAGUUUGGCAUCGACGUCUAUCUCAUCUGAACGCCCGCAGUAUGGAGUUACUGAGAAAAGAAGUUCCUGAAGGCGCAUGGAAUUCGACAUCAGACCACGGUUCCAAGGUCAUCAGCUCAGAACGGAGUCGCGGAGCGCGCGAUAAGAAGCGUUACGGAGAAAGCCAGGUGCAUGCUUCAGGAAGCAGGCUUGAAGAAGGAAUUCUGGGCAGAAGCGGUCAACACCGCCGUCUACCUUAAGAAUCGCUCUCCGACUAAGGCUGUGAUGGGCAGUACACCAGAAGAAAAGUGGACAGGUAAAAAGGAGAAUCUUAGCUACCUGCGCAUUUUUGGCUGUCAAGCUUAUGCCCUUCAGCACAAACGGGACAAACUGGAUCCCAAAAGUAAGAAGUAUAUUUUUUCCGGAUACUGUGACGACACAAAAGGUUACAGACUGAUAGAUCCGGAGAACCCGAAGACUGUCAUAAAAGCUAGAAACGUGAUUUUUCUAGAACAUGCUUUUUGGAAUGACAUUUCAUCGGAUGAGUAUGACAGUUCACGUUACACUCAGAUUAGUUUGACGAACAAUGUAACUGUCACUGAUAAUACUCAGGUGCAACCCGCUUUACCCGUUUUACCCCAAGAGCCCGCAGAAAUAUCUGAUGAAAACGCUCAAGAUAACAGCGUCAUUACAACAGAUGAUUCUGAGAGCAGCAGUGAGACCCCAGAUGACCCUGCGGAUGAGACGUAUGUCCCAGGAGAUUCAACACUGGAAGACUUUGAAAACUCUACGGAUGGAACGAGUGAGUUUGAGUCUGCUAAUAUAGCAAACACUGUAUGCAGUGACACAGGGGACCCUCAAACAGUUCGCGAGGCGCUGAGUGGCCCGGAUGCGAGUAAGUGGAAAGCCGCGAUGGCGGAAGAGUAUAAAUCCUUCAUCGAUAAUAAGUGUUGGACUCUGACUGACCGCGAUGCGAAGCAACGGCCUGUCAAAUGCAAGUGGAUCUUUAAAAGAAAGCUUGGCCUCGAUGGGGAAAUACUGAGAUACAAAGCGCGCCUUGUUGCAAAAGGUUAUACCCAGAAAUACGGUAUUGAUUACGAGGAAACGUUUUCUCCUGUAGUAAGAUAUUCCACUAUACGUACGUUACUAGCUUUAGCAACGGAACAUAACAUGAAUAUCGAGCAUCUUGAUGUAAAAACGGCGUUUUUGAAUGGAGAUUUAAAAGAAACCGUUUUUAUGGAGCAGCCAGAAGGCUAUAAGAUUAAGGGCCAAGAAGAUAAAGUUUACAAGUUGAAUAAGGCCAUAUACGGACUGAAGCAAGCUUCGAAGUCUUGGUAUGAGAAAAUAAAUGGCGUUUUGACAAACAAAAUGAAGUUCAAACGUUUAUCUUCCGAACCUUGUGUUUAUGUCAAGUCGAGCGGGAAAUCCAUUAUUAUAAUUGCGCUCUAUGUUGAUGACAUAAUGUUGUUUUCUUCAGCUGAUUGCCGAGAUACGGCUGGAGUCAAAGAAGAAUUAAAGAAGGCCUUUGAAAUCAAAGACUUAGGGCCAGCUCAUCACAUUCUUGGAAUGAGGCUUUGCAGACAGAAUGACGAGAUUACUCUAGACCAGUCAAGCUAUAUUAAGAAGG